AUGUCCCUGGAAGAUGCCCAAAAGAGGAAGAAAAAAAGGCAUGCCAAGAAGGGCCAUGGGUACAUCCAGCCUAAAUGCACUAGCUGUGCUUGCUGCUUCCCCAAAGAGAAGGUGACGGCAAAGGUCAUCAUCUGUAGUGUUGCUGAGGCUGCAAUGUUGAUGUCUAAAGCCUACAUCUGUGAUUAGUAUGUGCUGUCCAAGCUGUGUGUGAAGCUGCACUAUGUCCUCAGCUGA